AUGUUGGAGCCGGUGCUGGACCUCCUCGUCCACGGCUGCCUCAUCGUGUCGGUGUCAUCUUUCCUGAUCAUGCUCGCGCUCCAGCCUCUGCUGCCCGGCGGCAACGUGGCCACGGCCGCGAGCAGGGGCGUAUGCUCCGCGUCGCGGGCCGUCCUCGUGCGCCUCCUGUCCGGCCGGAGCGACGACGACAGCGGCGGCGGCGUGGAUGUGGCGCCUCCUCCUCCUCCUCCUCCUCCGCGUCGGAGUCGGAGCAGCCGGCAUUGUUGCGAGCGGUGCGCGUCGUCGUCGUGGCCGGACGUCGUGGCGGCCGUGACGGCGAGCCUGCGCCUGGACGACGACGACGACGACAUGGAGUGCUCCAACUCCUCCUCCGGCGACGAGAACGCGGAGGAGGACACUGCGGCGGCGUGCGGCGGGUGCGCGGCGACGGCGGCGGUGGAGGAUCUCCUGGAGCGCAAGGAGGCGACGGAGCAGGAGCUGCGCGAGGCCUUCUACGUGUUCGACCGCGACGACGACGGCUUCGUGGGCGCCGGGGAGCUCUGGAACGUGCUGCGCCGCCUCGGGAUGCUGCUGCCCGAGGGCGGCGGUGAGGCGCGGGAGGACUGCUGCGCCAGGAUGAUCGCGGCGCACGACGCCGACGGCGACGGCCGGAUCAGCUUCCCCGAGUUCAGGGCCAUGAUGGAGCACGCGGCGUGA